AUGGCUACUCAAGAGCCUUCGUCGGCCGACGUGGUGCUUCUCCCUAGCAUCGCGGCGACCUCACCCACCGUUAUCGUCAAAGUCGGUACAGAAGGCAAAGAAUACAUCCUACAUACCGAACUCCUCAAGCAUCACUCCGGCUACUUUCGCGGCGCACUUUCCGGCGCUUUCAAAGAAACCGACGACGGCGUUGUCCCAAUCACUGAUGUCGAAAUCGACGCGUUCGAUGUUUUCGUUGAUUGGAUAUACCGCGGUACCGUAACAACCGACAUAUUCCUUGAGGCAUUCCGCAAGUACAAAUUGGUCGCAACUCGCAGCUAUAUCUUAGCAGAUCGACUAUUGGUUCCCGGCUUGAAGUCUGCGCUUAUGGACACCUAUUUCGACUUUUACGUCACCAAAAAGCAGUUUAGACCGGGUUGCGGGAUGAUUGUUGUGCUUUGCUGUAACUUGCCCGAGGAGGACCCAUUGAUUCGACUCUGUGUCGACAUGUGGUCCACCCAAAAGACGAUUUACAAGUUGUGGGAAGACGAGAAGACUGAAGCCUUAGAUCUGUCGCAGGUGUUCCUCGUUCGUCUGAUGUUACGAAUGAAUGAAGUCGGGAAGAAGCCACCGUCGGUGCAAACAUUCAAGCGGGAAGAUUACAAUGAGCGUACAAGGGUUGGUGGAUAG